AUGAAUUCCACAAAAACACUUAUCAACAGAUGUAUCCUGCCAAAACUUUCCUUCCAUCCCGCUUACAGAAAUCACCAUUUUAUUCAUAACGCACGUUUGAAACCUAAAAAUUAUGUAAUCCUAACCCCUCUCGCUACUUUAGGCUUUGCCGUGUCCGUUUUCACAAAAAAACAACUAAAACCGUCCAACGAAGCAGAUGUAGAAGACAAUAUUUUGCACCUCGUGACUUUAGCCAGGAUUGCUCUUGAAAAGGGGGACACCGAGAGGGCAGAAGGCAUUCUGCAGAUGGGUUUGAAGAUAAGCGAAGAACACAAAGUGUAUCUAGGCAUGCCAUACAUGUACGACAUCCUAUCUGCCAUUGCCUUUGCAAGAGGUAAUCUAGGAAGGGCUGAACAACUCUUGGUUAAUGUCAUCGAAAAACUUAUUCAAACUGGUGUUCCUGAGAGCAGUAACCACAUAGUCGAUUUCAAAUUGAGAUUAGCAAGAAUUUAUAGUUCUUAUAAGGAGAGUAACUUGGCGGAAAUAGGCUUCAGAACUUGCUUGAAUGAGCAGAAGAAUAAGCUAGCCUCUGGAGAUUUCUCUUCCAAAACAGGCGUAUUGUACAUCAACAUCUUAUUCUGGUACGCCCUUCACAAGAUUAGGAUGGAGGAAUAUGAUGAAGCUAAGAAGAUGCUGAAUGCUGCUUACGAGUAUUCUUACAAAAUUGAGGGAUUGAGCCCAUACCAAGAAAUGGUCCUUUUGUACACACUAGCUGAUUUAAAUAUGACUUUGGAAGAUGAUGUAGUGGCUCUAGAAAUUAUGCAGAAUACUAUACUAAUGGCGAAAGGCAUUGGCAGUCCAGAUUUGCCCAAAUGUUAUGUGAAGCUGUCAAGGAUUUAUAAAAAAAUGAAUUCAGCCGAAAAUGCCAAGAGUAGCGCAGUGGAAGCUGCCAAAUUGGCGAAGAUGUUCGGUGACCAAGAGGUUUUUUUGGAAGCCAAUAAACUCAUAGAAGAUAUAGAAAAGGGAAAAUAA